GCCGGAUGUAUUACGAGAACACAGGAACAACAAAGAGGAGAAGGACCCGGGUUUAAACCCAACUCGAGAACCCCCAAAUUAAGGAAAUUAUCUUGCGUUCAUAGCAGGGUUGAAAAGUUCCGGUUUGCAUGUGAGGACAAGAGUCCACCGAGCCAACAAUGGCGAACAAUGCAGAGGAUAUCGAAAACAAUAUGCAGAACCAACAGGAGGCUAAUAGAUCCCCAGAUUCCACCCAGAAACCACAAGAAACUGGUGUGCCCAGAGCGCGGUCCAGAGGAGGUUCAGCAGCUGGUGCUGGAGCUGGAACUGGAGGAGGAGGUGAUAGUGGCGGUGGAGGAGGUGGCAAUGGCACCGGCCCGGAGCAGAAUGGGCAGCCCCCUGCUGCUCCCACUCCAAGAGUGGUGGAAAGAGAGGAGGAGGAGGAGGAUGAGGAGCUGACCUUGAAAUACGGGGCCAAGCAUGUCAUCAUGCUGUUCGUCCCAGUGACGCUUUGCAUGGUGGUCGUCGUGGCAACCAUAAAAUCUGUCAGCUUCUACACCCAGAAUGACGGGCAGAGAUUGAUCUACACACCAUUCCCUGAAGACACAGACACAGUAGGACAGAGAGCCCUCAACUCCAUUCUGAACGCCACCAUCAUGAUCACUGUAAUCAUCGUUAUGACUCUGGUGCUGGUGAUGUUAUACAAGUACCGGUGCUACAAGGUGAUCCAAGGCUGGCUCUUCCUUUCCUCUCUCCUCCUGCUCUUCUUCUUCUCCUACAUCUACCUCAAAGAGGUUUUUAAGACCUACAAUCUGGCCAUGGACUACAUAACCCUAGCGAUAAUAAUCUGGAAUUUCGGAGUGGUGGGCAUGAUGUGUAUUCAUUGGAAGGGACCUCUGCGGCUCCAGCAGGCCUACCUCAUCAUGAUCAGCGCCCUGAUGGCCCUGGUUUUCAUCAAGUACCUGCCAGAGUGGACUGCCUGGCUCAUAUUAGCUGUCAUAUCUGUCUACGAUCUGUUGGCAGUGCUGUGUCCCAAAGGGCCUCUGAGGAUCCUGGUGGAGACUGCUCAAGAGAGAAAUGAGCCCAUCUUUCCAGCUCUCAUCUAUUCUUCUACGAUGGUGUGGCUCGUCAACAUGGCGGACACAGACAGGCCAAAUAGGAACUCGACAGAAGCAGCUUCGCCUCAACAAGAGCCUCAAGAAGCACCAGUGGCGUCUCCGGUCCCAUCGAGUCCAUCACAGGACGACGGAGGUUUCACCCAGUCCUGGGUCAGCCAGCAGGAGCAUCGACUGGGGCCGCUCCAGUCCACCGAGGAGACCAGACGGGAAAUCCAGCAGAUGCCCUCAGCGCGUCCUCCUGUUGAAGAGGACGAUGAGGAGAGGGGUGUCAAGCUGGGACUCGGAGACUUCAUCUUCUACAGCAUGCUGGUGGGAAAAGCCUCAGCCACAGCCAGCGGCGACUGGAACACCACCCUCGCCUGCUUCGUAGCCAUCCUCAUUGGCUUAUGUCUGACUCUGCUCCUCCUCGCCAUCUUCAAGAAAGCACUCCCCGCUCUGCCCAUCUCCAUUUUUUUCGGCCUUGUCUUCUAUUUCGCCACAGACAACUUGGUACGGCCCUUCAUGGACAAGCUGGCGCUACACCAGUUCUACAUUUAGCAGGGCGCUGCCCUGAUAACCCUCACCCACAUAGCUCUCCAGCCAACAACAUGAGAGCAGCCCCUUCACAGCCGGGGAACAAAGAGCGAUGAUGGGGCCCCUCCCGCCCCCACAUCCCCUCCUAAGAGCUCAUGAUGCUGGGAUACAAGUUGUUUUUGCUCUGCCUUUUUUUUCUGGCACCGAAGGAGCGUAUUCUCCACGACAGCUGUUCUUAAACCUUUGUAUUUCUGUGUUAAACCAAGAAGUGACGCUUCUCGCUCGGCUUGGGAUCUCAUCUUCAGUUCGUUCGCUGAUCAACAGCUUCAGGCGCAGUCCAAACCCAGUGGGAAGCUUUUACUUUUAUUUAUCCAGGGAAGCUUUACAAGAGCUCAUCCACUCCUUUCUCAGCAGUGCCCUUUUUUUUUCUUUUUUUUGUACACACACACACACACACACACACACACACACACACACACACACACACACACACACACACUCAAAACUGGGAGAAGCCCAGUCCAACCGCAGUCUUCUACAGCUGUGGCUUUACAGCAGGUGCCUUCCUCAGGGACACCUUAGCGGUAGCUGUUGAGCAAAGGGAGACGUUUUCAUAAAAUCUUCCUUUAAAGACUGAACAACCUUCCUUUCACAUCUGUUUGCAUUACUGCAGAGGUACCACUGGCCCCGAACUAAACCGAAGAUUACCAAGCCUUCAUCAAACGAAUGGACACUCAGUGAUGAUAGUGAUAAUAGAUAGAAAUGUGUAGUUUGAUUGUGUAUAAGAUAUCAGUCACCAGAGUGUGCUUUUCUCACUGCUAAGAAUGGUUUAAAAAAAAUCACUUUAGACACGCAGAAGUCUGAAACAGGUGUGAUUUACAUUGAUGUACGCUGAAGUGGAUGCUUUGAUCAUGUGAGGCUCUUCCUUAUGUGAAUAGUAGAGACUUUUCUCUCUUGGACUGAAUAAUAAGUGUUAUUGUGACACCCAUCACAUCAUUUCACCCAGUUUUCUGCCCCCAGUUUUAAAUGGAAUCGGAUUUGAAUUCGCAGCUUGUAGAGGGAGGAAAGAGCACUACAGUGACACACUCACACCUGAGACUUGUCAGCCACUGAGGAGCUCUGCUGGAGCAGCCGGUGGUUCAGUGCCUUGCUCAAGGGCAUUUAAGUAGUUGUUGUUGUAGGCCAGAAACAUCCUUUUCGUUCUCUUUCCCGACUCAAAGUUUGUUGUCUUUAUUUUUUAUUUUUUUCCAACCUGUCCAUUGGGAUUGUAACCUGUGAUCAUAUGGUCACAAACUCUGAACCUUUAGGCUAUAGCUGCCCUCAUGAUGCUCGCCUGGUGCUUUUUGGAACUAUGCUACAUCGAUACUGAAAUGAUUUUACUUACAAGCAGAUACGGUUAUGUUUUGUUUUGUUUAGGGUUUUUUUUUUUUUCAACAUAUGCAGAGAAGAAACAGUACUUUUAGAGACAUGACUGUAUUCACUGGACUCCUGCUAGAUUAUUAAAACCUGUGAGCGUGUGAAAACAGCGAUGUGCAGUUGUUGAGCGUCAAAACCUGAUAAGUGAACGAGUGCAUCUAUUUCCAUUUGACACU